AUGAAUUACUCAAACGGAACAACUAAUCCCUUCCAGCAGUAAUAACAGACAAACUAGCAGAGCUCAGAGAAUUUCGUAUUUCCACCCAAUCUUUUUGGACUCGUAAUUCCUGGAUCAGUUGUAUAGUAUUAGUUUGAACAGUUUGGUGACAAAGGUGUGCCUCCAUAUGAAGGGCUUGAAUUUAUAGGUGCCAUUGCAGAUCAAAGACCAAGCGACAUUUUUCACACUGGAUGGUCCUUGAACCCAUCUGUUAAUAUUCACUCUGAACUAAAGUUAGUAGUCCAAAUAGAACCAGUAGAUAAAAUAGAGACUUGCGUUAGAAUUAAGCAGGAUACAGAUCUGAACAAGGAGUUUGCAAAAAAGGUUGCACUCAACCUUUUCAAUUUCAUGUAGAGUUUCAACAGAGUAAGUUUAAGAUUCAAAUAAUUGAGAAUGUAGAAUGAUAAUGCACAGGCUGACGGGUUGCUGGUUGUACCUCUAAAUACUCUAGAUAAAUGGUUCGAUAAGUUUAAUAGGAAAUAUGAUCUAGAUCCAAACUUUGUCUUCAAGACUGAAUGA